AUAUAUAUUAUUUGAAGAAAUCGAAAGCGGAUGUUUCCCACCGGACGUCUUAUGCGGAACACAAGCGGUUGCCUGGCAACACAGGACGCUUUGGUGAGCGGUGUCGCAGACAUGGCCAAGUUUGUGCUUGCGGGCAAAGCUGAUUGUCCGUAUUAUGCAAAGGCUGAGCUUCUCGCAGAUAUGCUACGACAAAAACUGCCUGAUUUUCACAUUCACAAGAUUUGUGUGCAUCCCACUGAAUGGAAGGUUUGGCUGGAGGACACCUGUGCAUUAAAUGGUUGGAAGCAUUCAAGUUCUCCUAUAGUGUGGAGGGAGUUGGUGGAUCGUGGUGGGAAAAGCAUGCUACUUGGGGGCUUCAACGAUUUUCUUGAGCAUGCACAGGGUUACUAUGGUAUCACCUCAGAUAUGACCACUGAUCUGAUGCUAAAAAUCGCAGAAGAAAAUCUUCAGACAAAAGAACGGUGCAUACAGGAGGAAAUUCAAAGACAAAACUUACUCACACCAUUGCACGUAUGGAUCAGCAGUGCAUUGCAUCCCGUCUGCUACAUCCUCAUUCCUCAAUUGUUCACGCCAGGGCUUUUCCCAAAUGCUCCCACCAUCAGCCUUCACCUCCUGGAUGUUGGCAGCUCGGAGGAAUCCUUACACGGGCUCAAAAUGGAGGUAGAAGACCUCGCCCUACCUCACCUCCACGAGGUCACUGUCCAUUCAGACCUAACCCUGGCCUUUCAAGAAGCCCACUUUAUUAUUUUUCUGGAUGACUUGCUCACAAAUUGUGAAAGUAUUGAUGAGCAGGAUGCCAAGGACCACAAGGUGAGCCGGGUAGCAGAGAGUUUUAGUUGCUACGGGCAACUCAUUGAGGCAAAUGCACGGAAAGACGCGAGAGUGCUGGUGGCCGGAGAGGACUUUAUUAAUUUGAAGUGCUCGCUGCUGAUCGAGAACGCGCCUUCUGUCGACCCGCACAACUUUGUGGCGAUGACAACCCAACUGGAGAAUGAAGCAAAAGCUCAGCUUGCACAGAAGUUAUCAGUCAAGACCACAGACAUCACUAACAUCAUCAUAUGGGGCAACGUAAGCGGUAGUUACCACAUUGACCUGCAGAAGGCGAUGGUUUACAGAUAUGAUGGUGCUGUUUGGGGUCCAGAUAGUUUUUCUCAGCCAGUCCUGGAGAUGAUUUAUGAUUGGAAAUGGCUGGAGAAAGAUUUUAUGAGAUUAGUACAUGAACGUCGUGCCACAAUUUCAUCAAAGACCAACAAGGCCACAGCCAUGUCAACAACCAAUGGGAUAGUAGCAGUUUUAAAAGCCUGGAACAACGAUACGUUACCGGGGGAAGUCUUUUCAUUGGGUGUACAUAGUAGAGGACAGUUUGGAUUUCCAGAAGGUUUGGUCUUCUCAAUGCCCGUGAGUUGCAGGGAUGGUCGAUGGUCAGUCUGGUUAGAUGUUACUGUUACAGAUGAUUUGAGGAUGAAGCUUGAGGCUUGCAUUGAUGAACUUAAAACAGAGAGAUACAUUGCAGCUAUCGGAUACUGAAGGAACUACCCUGAUGAUUAGGAAGGAUUUUAACAAUGUAUUCAGUUUUUUGGAUAAUUUCCUACAAUGUAACUAUAUGAAGUUCGCUGGAUACAAUACCAUAUGUUGUACCACUUAACAGUUAAACCUCAGAGUACUUAGAUAAUUACAGUGUAUACUAAACUAUAUUAUACUCAAAUUAUUCUGUAUAAAAACAAAUAUCCUGUUUGUUUUUUUUGUAUUUUUCUAAUAAACAAUUAUAUGCAAUUGUUGUUUGUCGGUGCAAAACUUCCUUUAUUAAAGAAAUAAAAACCCCAAAAUAAAAUUGGCCCAUAAGCCAUCCUAGCUGGGUGUAUAUGACUUUUGUUUUUCAGCCAAACAUAUCAAGAGAGUUAUAUUAAAUCAUUUUUAGCUUGAAACUGGCAUUGAAUAGUGCCUCAUUUAAGCUGAAAAAAGAGCAUCCAUCCAUGAAAACUAAUUCAUCCACUGAAUCAGUGUCUGAAUUAUAGCAAACAUUAUGGGGGUCCCCUAGCUAAGCCCCCAUUCAUUAAAUUUUUGUUGGUCCUGAAUCAACGUUUAAUGCAAACAAACCCCAAAUUACCCUUAAUUCAAACCUUAACCAUACACCACAACAAUAUAUGUUCAAAUAUAUUUUUAAAUAUAUUUCACAAAAAUGGCCAAAAUAUAUAUUUGCAGGAAUAUAUUUAGAAACAUGUAUUUUUCACCAUUAUAUGUUUUGGCCAUUUUGAAAUAUUUUAUAAAUAUUUAUAAACAUAAAUAUAUAUAAGCAUUUAUAUUAACAUUACACUGGAAGAAAAACUAUGUUACACACCUGUGAACAUAAAAAUUUUAAUACAUUUUGAAAAAUAUGUUGAUAUAUGGAGGUUAAAACGAGAUAUAUUUCUUGAUUUGACAAUAUAUUUAUUUAAGCUUUACUUUCUGCAAAAAUGUUUUUUUUUUUUUGCCAUAC